GUGACACGGCAGACCCAGGAAGUUGUAGUUUCUUUUCAUACUUUCCGUAGUUCUUCACGGAAAAGAACAAACUAGUCGCAACACGUCACUUGGUUUGUCGGUUAAAGACACGUUGCUAUUACUGAAGCUUUUCAACGUGAUGUAACUGGACUAGGGAGGGGGGGGGGGGGUAGUACGGGGUCGCCGAGGAGCUAGCAUGCUAGUUAGCAUCGCCUUCAGAGCAGCGCGUACAGUUGCCUAGCGACCAGUGCUGCAGACAACGAGCUAGCAUGGAGAGCUGGAGUUAGCUUAGCUGCUAGUCCUGAAGGAGUCACGUGUGUUACUACACGAAGCUGAUGGAGACCAGUGGAGGUAACACACCGUGUCCUGGUGAAGUGUGUGUUCGAGUGGUGUGACGUGUUAACACAGCAGAGAGACACAACAAACUGUGUGUGAGGUGAGAAGCAGUUAGCUGGAGAACACUGAAGAAGAGCAGCUUCCACUGUGGAGUUGUUUUUGAACUUACAUCGGUUGCAGCGUAAACAACACACCUACUCGGGUUUCACUCCUCCGUCAGAUGGCGUUCUGCCUGGCUGAGCUGCACUUGUGGUCCACCAAGAGCACACUCCAAGUUAAAGAUACAGAUAUUGGCACCUAUCAGUACCACGAUAAAGGAGAGCCAGCCGUUUCCCUGGAGCAUCACUACUACAAUGAGAAACUCCAAUUCUGUGAUGCUCGGGGCUAUUCGUGGACCCCCAGGAACCACCGACCAGAGAAGCUACGCGAUUCGUUGAAGGAGUUGGAGGAGCUGCUGCAGACCAACACCUGUGUUCACACCAGAUGGCGAAACAAGAACUGCUGCCAGUUGAUGCUGCGUAGUGGAGUGCUGGUGACUCUGAACCUAAAUGGACCUCAACUUAAACAAGUGUGCAUAGACCGCACAUUGGUGGGCAGACUACCAGCCAACACAAUCACUGAUGCGGUGCUCUGUGAUAGGCUGAUCCUGCUCUCCUUCCUGGAUCACAACCAAGUGGCUGCAGUUUACCUCAACAAGAAGAACCAGGACGCCUCAGACAGCGGCAGGAGGACAGACAAACUGUCCCCCUCUGAAAUCAAGGUGGUGUCUGUGGAGGUGGGCUCCCGCGGCUGUAGGCUUCACAGACUCGUGGCUCUCAACCGUCUCCAGGAUGUGGCGCUGUGCUGGUGGAACUUAGACGAGGCCGGUGAGGAGCUGUGGCCCUGGAGUCCCACAGACACACACAGGAACAACCUGGUCCUCCUCAGCUGCUCGCCCACUGAAGGUCUCAAGGUCCUCAGCUCUGUGCGGACAGAGGGAAACCCCCUGGACUGUCGCUUCAGCCUGCUCCAGCCCUACCAGCUGCUAACGGUAGAGCUCCCCUCGAGGCCCCAGGGGACAGAAGAGGGGUCCUGGGCUGACACCUGUGUGUACGAGUGUGCACGAGGCCGUCUGCACCGCCUGUCCGUCACCCGCGUCCCGCUGCCGUCCCGGCCCAUCACCUGUUCACGACACCCCUUGGAAACCACGCUCCUCCUGGGCCUGAGGGACUCCUCCCUGGUCCUGUACGACCAGCGCCGAGGGCUCUCUCUCCUGGCCUCCUGCCCUGUGCCACCUAACCUCCUGGCCUGGCACCCUGCCGGAGCUGUGGUCGUGGUGGGGGGAGGCCAGGGAGAGCUGGUGUGCUUUGAUGCCGGCCUGGCCCCUGUGAACAUGGCACUGGUGGCGGAGGAGGUGGCUGCAGCCGCGACGCUCAGACUCCCUCAGCACCUGCGCUGCUCCGGAGGCCUGGAGGGGCUGCAGUGGGCCACGGGCCCGGACGGAGGCCCAGAGGGGACAGACACGCUGAUGUUGCUCUUUCAUGAGGGACCACUGGCAGUUCUGAGAUUCAGACUAGGGGCUCUGACCGGGGGUCAGAUGGGACCAGGGGAGCUGCUGCAGCAGCGGCUGCUCUGCGGUCAGGUCAGAGAGGCCCUGGGUAUCCUGGAGUCCAUGGACUGGAGCAUCAUGGGAGACCAGUGCUACCGAUGCCUGAGCUCAGUCACCAACUACCUGCUGAGGCUGGAGCUGAACGCAGAGAGAGAGGCUCAACUGGAAGCAGCUCUGGGCGUGUUUUAUUCUCCGCCUGCUCCUCUCUCUGAUAGGCUGAUACUGGAUUACCGGGAGCCAAUCAGCAAGUACGCCCGGCGCUUCUUCCACCACCUCCUCAGACACCAGCGCUUUGAGAAGGCCUUCCUCCUCGCUGUAGACCUGGAAGACAGAGACUUGUUCAUGGGGGAGAGGGCACAGAGGCAGGAGGGAGGCAACAAUAAGAAAAACCAGGAAAGCGAACACAACAAACAGAGGAGAGAUAGUCUCGAUAUCAGCACCCAAAUGGGAUGGAGCAGGAUUUUGGGGGAUAAAUCCUGCGCGUUAGGAGCUGAUAUAUCAGAGAGAGCAUGA